AUGGCGUCGCGUCGUCACCUGCAGCACGCGGUCCCCGUGCCCGCCAUCCGCCGCCUGCUCGCCGCGUCCACCGCGCCGGUGGUUCCGCAGGCUGCGCCCGCAGCGGCAGCGGCGGCGCUGCAUGUUCAGGCGGCUGGCGGACACGCGGUGAAUGCGCAAGCUAAGGAGAUCCGAUCCGCAUCGUACACCACCAGCAGCAUCAGCUCCCCGCUCAUCUCCGCUUCCGCCCGUUCCGCCUCCGCCGCCAAGCCUUCCGCUCUGCUCGAUUCCCGCGCGCCAUCCGCACACCAUGCGUCUGUGUCGCUGCCGGGGAUGUCCUUCCGCUGGAACUCUGCGCGCAAAUUCUCCGCCGCCGCCGCCGCCGCCUCCGCCUUUCCGCCCCACCAACCCGUCGCCAUGCCGUCGCUCUCCCCCACCAUGACGCAGGGCAACAUCGCCAAGUGGUGCAAGGCGGAGGGCGAGCAGGUGAACGCGGGCGACGUGCUGUGCGAGAUCGAGACGGACAAGGCGACGCUAUCAAUGGAGAGCAUGGAGGACGGCUUCCUCGCCAAAAUCCUCAUGCCCGAGGGCUCCAAGGACAUCCCCGUCGGCACUCUGAUAGCAGUGAUGGUGGAGGACAACACCGAGCUCGCCAAAUUCGCAUCCUUCACUGCUGCUGACGCCGGUGCCUCCGCGCCCCCUGCCGCUGCUGCCCCGGCCGCUCCCUCCGACGCUGGCUCGUCCACACCCCCAUCAGAUUUGCCACCCUUCCAUUCGCUCGCCAUGCCAUCGCUCUCCCCUACCAUGACCCAGGGCAACAUAGUGCGGUGGCGCAAGUCAGUGGGCGACGCGUUGGCAGCGGGGGAGGUGCUGUGCGAGAUCGAGACGGACAAGGCGACCCUGGAGAUGGAGGCCAUGGACGACGGCUUCCUCGCGUCCAUCCUCGUGCACGCCGGCGCCAAGGACGUUGCCGUCGGCACGCCCAUCGCCGUGAUAGUGGAUGACUCAGAGAGUGUCCCCAAGUUUGCCAACUACACGCCACCCUCCACGCCCGCUGCUGCUGCUGCCGCCCCCGCUGCUGCUGCUGCUGCUGCUGCUGCCGCCCCGGCUUCGCCUUCCCCCCCGCCUGCUGCACCAGCGGCGCCAGCAGCGGCUGCCGCGCCCCCUCCCCCUCCCCCUGCGCGGGCAGAGGGCGCGAGGGUGUUUGCUAGCCCUGCUGCGCGCAAACUGGCUGCAGAACACAAGGUGGACAUGGCAUUGGUGGCAGGGUCGGGUCCCAACGGCCGUGUGCUGAAGGAGGACGUGGAGGCCUUCCUCUCGCAGCCGCGCCCUGUCGCUGCUGCUGCCCCCUCCACUGCACCUGCUGCUGCCGGUGCUCCCGCUGCUGCUGCUCCUCCCGCAGCAGCCAUGUCAGCCAGUGUGGACGAGCUCAGGAAGCGAGUGGCGGAGCAGAUGCAGCUGUCCAUUCAGACCGUGCCACACUUCUACCUUUCUGCUGACGCUCCCCUCAAUGCUGCCGCCAAGGUGUUGGAGCAGCUGAAUGCAGCAUCUGAUGUGCAGGUCACCUCUACCGCUCUACUCAUCAAGGCUGCAGCGCUGGCUUCCAAGAAGGUUCCUGCAUGCAACAGCUCCUGGGGUGGAGAGUUCAUUCGCGAGUACUCCGAUGUGAAUGUGGCGAUCGCUGUCUCCACACCUGACGGCACUUUGUACCCCGUCAUCAAGGCGGCCAACACCAAGGGCCUGGCCCAGAUCGCAUCGGAGAUCAACCGCCUCUCCACUGCAGCUGCGGAGAAGACUCUCUCCGAAGCUGACCUCCAGGGUGCAACAUUCACAGUGUCGGAUGUGAGUGGAGCAGGCCUCAAGUCUCUCUCCGCCAUCAUCCACCCCCCCCAGUCCUGCUUCCUCACCAUCGGCUCUGCGCAAGAAAGGGUGGUGCCAGGAGCAGCAGAGGGGGAGUUCGCGGUGCAGCCCUUCGCUACAGUCACUCUCAGCUGCGACCACCGCGUUGUCGACGGGGCGGUGGGAGCGCAAUGGAUGGGCGAGUUCAAGUCGUUGCUCUCCAACCCCAUCACCUUGCUCCUCUAG